AUGCGAGAUGAUACAAAAAAUCUCAUCGCUGGUGGAUUGUCUGGUUUUACAGUUCGAUUCCUAACUCAACCAUUAGAUGUUAUGAAAAUUCGUUUUCAGUUACAAGUUGAAGAUAUUAAGCCUACAGGAAAAUCUUAUUAUUCCGGUGUUGUACAAGCCUUCUCUCGGAUAUAUACAGAAGAGGGUAUACGUGGCCUAUGGAAAGGUCAUGUACCAGGACAAUUUCUUUCAGUUACAUUUUGUGGAGCACAAUUUGCAAGUUUUUAUGCCAUUGAAAAUUUUCUGAUUGAUCAAACUAAACCUAAACAGUCAUCAAUUUGGCUAAAUGAUCUUGUCGCUGGUUGUAUGACUGGAAUGAUCGCGUCGACAGUUUGUGAACCGUUGGAUGUGAUGCGUACACGUCUUAUUGCACAGGGGAGAAAUCAGAUUUAUUCUGGUUUCCUAUUGGGUGUACGUGAUCUUAUCCGUGAAGAAGGCGUGAUCGGUUUAUGGAGAGGACUUGGUCCGUGUUUAAUAUCUGUUGUACCACAGACUACUAUUUAUUUUACAACUUAUGAACAAUUGAAACGUUCGUAUAUUGCAUGGAAUCCUGUAAUUCAAGAGUUACAUGAAAAACAUGAUGAAAAAUCUUUGCACAAGAAAGCGAAUCAUCAUCAAGGAUCAUCUAGUCUUCCAUGGCAUUUCUCCCUAUGGGCUGGUGGAUUCUCUGGCCUCUUGGCUAAAACUGUUAUCUACCCUCUGGAUUUAGUUAAAAAGCGCCUAGAAAUCCGUGGUUUCGAAAAAGCACGUACCGAUUUCGGUACACUACCGAAAAGUUAUACACCAGCCACUUAUAAACAUAUCAGUCUGUUGCAAAUGAAUAAAAGUCAAUAUUUCGCUACACUAACUUGUCUGGCGGAUAUUCUUCGACAACAAGGUCUACGUGGUAUAUUUAAAGGUUGGAUACCGUCUGCAGUGAAGGCCACACUGACUACAGGAUUGACAUUUUGGUUUUAUGAACAAUAUCGUUGGCUAUUGUUGAAUUAUCUUUCCUAG